CCACUCUCUUUCUCCUCGUUCCGUGAAACACUUGUCAGAGGCUUCUUCAGUGGCGCUGGUUUCACUUCGCUCGCCUUCCUCUCUUGCUUCUUCGUCACCAGCUCUGCUUCAUCUUCCAUCAAAGGUUUAGUGCCUUUUGUCGAUGGUUUUGCUCCGUUUGUUGACGGUUUUACUUUUGGUUUUACUUCUCCUGUUGAUGGGGGCUUUGCUUCUCUUCUGGGGGGCAUUACUCCAUCUUUUUUUGAUGGUUCCUUUCUCAACGGUUUCGUUUCCGUCUUCACCGCAUCAGUCUUCUUGCGCUGACUUGUGUUUGCAGCUGGUUUCUUUACCUUGGUUUUCUCCUCCUUCACCGUGGCGGACCUCACUCUGACCUUCUCUCUGGCUCUCAUCUUCUCCCUCAUCUUUUCCCUCAGUUUUUCUCUGGACUCUUUCGGUUCCCUUGGUUUCGGUGUUGGCUUGGCUGCAGCACCACCAGUGGUCUCAUGGAUAUGAUACUCGGUCGUCAAUAGUCUCUCCUCCCUGGUAAUAGUCAGGGAAUUCCCCCCAGAGCCCACGGUCGUACCGGAUGGAAGCCCGGCAAACAGGUGGAAUAAAGUGCUUCCAUUAUAACUCUGGGCGUCUCUGAUGGCUUCAAAGAGUGUGUUGACUAUGGCAGACUCGGCCGCCUGAGUGGUGAGAGAGACUUGCGUCGCUCCCCUCCUCCUCUCCUCCGAGUUCUUCCUGGACGGGCUGAGGGCCUCGAUGACCUUCUUGACCUCAUCGUUGAUGGGGACGCCGCCACGGGAAGUGACACUGGACAUGAAGUGCGGGAUUCUCCUGAUCUCUGCGUCAACUUGAUCGUCUUCAGACGACUCCUCGUCGAUCUGCUGGUCUGGGCUGGCAUACAUCGGAAACACAACGGCUCGCGUGAAGAAAACCUCGAUGUUGUUCUUCCGGAGGACUUUGAUGCGACACAGGCUCGUGCGAUUGUUUUCGGUGUAGACGGUGUGCGUUCGUCUCGCAUAGUAUUCAAACAUCUUUGUGACGUGUUCGAGAUUUUCAUGUGGGACAAAGAGCGUGCGGGCCAUGUGAUCGGCGGAUAUUUUGCCCCAGGCAGCUACGAGGUCAUGCUUAUCUUCUCCGUCUUUGAGGAAACAGAAGGAGAGAUCGAUGGCCGGGGAUCGAGUGUCGAGAUCCACGACCUCGUCAUGGAUGACUAUCAUUCCCGACAGCUCCGAGUUAUCUUUCGUGGUGUGCACGUGGACGAAACGGCAGCGUGAGGAGGCCAGCUUGAAGAGAUCUCGCAGGAUGUAUUUGAGUUUAAUGAUGGGUGGGACCAACUUCAUCGGUCUCCUAGCGAGAGUAUCUUCUUCCAGCGGGCUCAACUGGAGAGCGAGGUAGUUGCGGGAGGGGGGCGGGUCCACGGGGGCCGCGGGGAGGAACAGGCGGUUUGUGGGGGUCACUAAAAAGAGGGGGGACACUUUGCGAUAGGAGUAGUAGUCCCGACGAGCUGUGAUCGUCACGGUGUCCUCCCUGCAAUGGAACUCCACCUUCAUCUCCGAGAAGACGACAGGGUAGGGGAAGUAGAUGUCGUACCUACAGUACUCGUUGACCUUGAGGCACAGGUGCAUCUGGGUGGCCUGGUUGCUGUCGACCAUCAGGUUGUUGCAGUCCAGACGGUACACCAGGUUCGGAGGGAUGUCGAUGAUGGAUUUAACCUUCUCGCAUCCGGCCACGUGCACCCGCAUCUUGCCAAAGGCUGACAACAUGGACGGGCGGCGUUUGGGGAGCGGAUAAAAGGAGUAGCGAGAGACCUCCUCCACGCAGUCCUUCAGGAGUCCCUGGUAGAGAACUACGGGGACCUGGACCAACUGUCCCAUCAUGUUCUCCUCCGAGAACUUGACCAGCGUCAACUUGUACGAGUCGUCGACAAAGAGCUUUGGGAAGUAGAAGUCGACAAAGAACUGCCCGUCUUCGUCUUGUCGCAGAGCCAGAGCGUGGAUGAAGUACGUUUCCUUCUUCUCGACGAGGAUAUUGUCCACGUUGUGGGUGUCUCGGUGUAUGAAGAGCCCGAUGGUCAUGUGGGGCACCAUGACGGGGUCCUCGAUCUUGAGGCUGAAGAAAGAGAGGUAGGAGGAGAGGGGCCGGUAGCGACACACGGGGCAGUCCCUCUCCGUUACCGUCACGUGCAGAUGCAGCCCGUGGAGCAUUGAAACCGUCUGGAGGUGGUGGAGAAAAGGUUCGAGAGUAGACUCCACUUUGACCAGCUGGACAAAAUCGUCCCAGAACUGCCACCUGUGAACGGGAGUGUCUUCCUCCAUCUGCGACACGAACGCCAGAAUCCCCGCGAUCACCGUUUCCAUGCUCAUCAUGUGGGCAAAGCGGUUCACGGGGAAGUUGUAGGUGGCUCCGUGGAUGACGCUCACCAGGGCCUUCGGUGCGAAAUCUAUGUCCUCCAGGUUUUCAAUCACGUAGGGAGUGGAGAGGACGCGCUGGAACACGAGUGUUCGGACGUCGUAACUCUUGUGUCGGUGCUCCUGGUUCCAGGCGGAGUGGCGUACGACCGUGCAGUCAGAAAACGACCCGUCGACCGAGACGCUCCUAAACCCAAACAUGACGGGGAAAAUUUGUGGGUGUAGCCCAAACAGGGACCCCAGGUAGCUCUCCAUACUCGAUCCCACGGAGCGGUGGUCGACCGUUUUGACAAUGAGGCAUCGAUCGUCCUUGAGGAGAGGCACAGCUUGGAAGACUAGAUCGGGAGGUGAAACUCCAUCCACGCACUCAAACGAGUGGACGAGGUCAAACGAAGGGUCUACCCCGAGAGACGAGGUGUACAGUUCGGGAUUCCGCUGGACGCGCAGACAAAGGGAGAUGGGAUCCGAGCACUCGAAUGUGAAAGUCAUGCAGGGAGAAGCCUGGACUGUGAAUUUACGGAGGGCACGUGAGGAGGCAGAGAGCCACAAAAUGAGCUGCUGGAUGCAGUUGGCAAGGAUGGGCUGGCUCUCAAACUUAUCAUCAGUCACUGGGAGCUUGUCGCAGAGGGAUCGGGGAAUGUUCCCGUCCCGACAGCCGCUCGGGGAGAAGAGGAGCGAGUGGAAGAACCCAAGAAACGGAACUAGUGCGUAGAACGGGUUGUGAAUUUUGGUGUGGGAGGUGCCGUCAUACAAGGUGACGUUGGGCGUGGUCUCCCAGUCCUCCCCCACUGGGAGCUGGAGCAUGUCUUCGGCAAAUGUCACGCCCUUCUGGAGAAACGCGGAGAACUCCUCGCGCAUUUGCUGCUGGGUUUUCAUAGGAACAGAGUCCGAGCACAGCCCCAGCAGGUAGGUGACACACUGCUCAGUGUAGCCGUUCAGGUCGUUGAAGAGAGAUUUCUUGCUCAGAAAAGAGAAGCGCAGUUCCUGCUGGAAUUCAAGAUAGGGCACAUGAUUUGGCUUGUCCUCUGACCAACGCCGCCAGUGUCCGGCUACGGCUGUGAACGUUUCCUGGUUUCUGAACUUGACAAUCUUCCCCAGAGGGUUUUCUGGGGAAGCCCAGGCCUCAAGAGAGGAGGUGAAUUGCGAGAGAGCUGUGACGGCGUCUUUCAAGACACGGACGUGAGGAGGACGGAGCGUGACGGAGUAGAAGAUGGCCCAGAUGGCAGCGCACAGCAGGCGUCCCUCCUCGUUUUCAAUCUUGUGGGGCAGCUGCAAGCAGAGGUGGAGCAUCAGAAUAUCCCGCGCCUGGAGCAAAGACCAGUUCUCGAUCAUUAAAAAAUCGGCCCCCUCGAAACGCCCGCGAAACUCGGGGUCGAAAUUUCGGUAGAGGGUGUAUAGGAGGGAACGUGUGUCGCCUGGGGCUAAGAGGAGAACGAGGGGCCGCGGGGUGCCGGUAACGCAGCUGAGGACGUCUUCCGGAGCUGCUCGGCAGAAUGAGUAGUACAUCUGGACGUGGUCGUGGAGGAGGAGGCGGGACGGAGGGAACGGGAUGCCGCCAUCCGCGUUGUCCAAGUCGUUGAGUUUCGACAUGUCGACUCGUCCACAGGUGUAUCUGGAGUUGGGGGAACCGUGGCUCGAGUGUAACAGACAAAUUACAGUAGCUUACACAAGCUCGUCGUAAAGAGAUGUGGGGGGAGACGACAAAAGCGCACGAGACACAACACAAUUAAAAAAGGAGGCGACUUUAUUAUGCGCAUGCGCGGAUUCACGAGAAGCUCGAAGGUGAUCGAUCGUAACGCCUUUUCCCCCACUUUCUGACAAAACCAAGCAAGGAAACGAAGACUGUCUGCGUACCGAGCAAGAGAGAGGGAAAGAGAGGCUACGGGAGGAAUCUAAUGGCAUCUCGGCUGAAACCGGUGGGCGCAGGGAGUAAGUUGGCGGGGCCGCGCCCGGCGCAGGGCUUGGGGUUGAAAGGACCGGCGCAAGUGGGACUCAGAAGGCCGGCGGCCGGUCAGUCGGGGAUGAAACCGCCGUCUGUGUCUCCCAUCGGGGUUAGGAAGGUGGGUGGGGUCGGCAGACAGCCGCAGGGAACCCCGGGGAAGGGGCCAAGUCCCUCCACCCCUCAGGGGCCUCCAGCUGGCGGCGGGAGCGAGCCUCCCGCGGAGCUAGAGGUCGGAGACAGAGUCCUGGUGGGCGGAGUCAAGGCAGGAACCAUUGCCUUCGUGGGUCCCACUCAGUUUGCCCCUGGAGUGUGGGCCGGUGUCGUCCUGGAUACCAAAGACGGCAAGAACAACGGCUGCGUAAACGGAGUUCAGUAUUUUGAGUGUGAGGCAAGCCGAGGGCUGUUUGCUCGACCAGAGAAACUCUCACUCCUGGCGAAAGGCUCCAGCUUACCUCCUGCUUCCCCCAGUCAGUCACCGCGUGGAGCAGCCCCUCAAGAACAAGAAGAGUUUAUGGUGGGAGACGUCGUCGUGGUGAUGGAGGGAGGUAAACAAGGCCACGUUGCAUUCUUUGGACCGACACAAUUUGCCCGGGGGACCUGGGUGGGUGUCGUGUUGGGUACUGCCGAGGGGAAGAACAGUGGGCGUGUCGGGGAGGUCCAAUAUUUCGACUGCUCCCCUAAUCACGGGCUCUUCACGAGACCACAGAAACUCAAGCUGGUCAAGCGGAAGGAGGCUGAGCCUGUCCAGCGAGACCACGCCCCCAACCAAUCUCCUGUGACGGACCUGAAGAUGUUGCGAGAGAAGCUGAAACUGGGGGACCGUGUGCUGGUUGGGGGCGCAAAGGAGGGGUUCCUGCGAUAUGUGGGUCCCACGGAGUUUGCCAAGGGGGUCUGGGCUGGCGUAGAAUUGGAGGAACCAAUGGGGAAAAACGAUGGUGCUGUCUCUGGCAAGAGGUACUUCCAGUGUCCACCGAGGCACGGGCUGUUUGCUCCUCUCCCAAAGGUUGAGAAGUUGGCAGAUUCUGGGCCCCCUGCUGACAGCGUACAUUCCUCUCCUGGGAGAGUGAGGAGAGGUGGAAGUGAGACGAAACACUCCCCACAGCUCAGUGGGUCCUCGGCCAGCUCUCUGGGGGCUUCGAAACCACCCUUCACAGGUGUGACACCUCCAUCCAGCGUGAAGGACUCCCCACAGCAGAGCAGGGGACAGGCUCAACUGGUGGAGGAGAAAGACAGACUCAUCACUCAGCUGCAAACCACUCUGCAGGGGAAGGACAGAGAGCAGAAAGAAAUGGCAGAACAAAUCACAACUCUCUCCAGAACGGUGGAGGACCUGCAGUUCCAGCUGGAGGAGCAGGACGUCAUCAGCGGAGACAAGCUGGAGGUGGCAGAGGAGGGGACGCAACAGGUACUGGUGAAACUGGAGGCACAGCUUGUCAGAGAGAGGGAAGAGGCCGCCAGACUCCGCCUACAGUUACAGUCUCAGCAGGGAGAUGGAGGAGAGAACCAGGGUGAUGGAGACAUGGAGAGAGUGAGAGAGGAGCUGAUGGCUGCCCAGCAAACCUCCCCUCACCUCUCCUCACAACUAACACUGGCCCAGGACAAGAUUCAGCAACUGACGACGGAGCUGGAGAGGGCAAAGGAGGAGGAGAGAGAGGGGAGUUCAGGUCUGGAGUCAGAGCUGGCCCAGGCAGAGAGAACAGUGGGGGAGCUGAGGGCAGAGGUGGCAGGAGUGAAACAAGACCUCCAGGAUGCCAUGGACCUGUGCAGUCAGCACGAGCCCUCAUGGAGGAGAGGAACAGAGAUCUGGAGACCUGCGACACAGAAAUCAGGUCUAGCUCUAAAGAAGGAGAGGGAGUCGUGGACCGAUGAGCAGGCGAGACUGGUCGGAGAGCAGCAGAAACUGGCCUCCGAGAGAGACCAGGCAAUCGCCGAGGCCAACCGUCUCCUGGCCAACAACAGUGACGUCAGCAGUGAGCAGAGUGAGUGGAGUCGACAGAGGCAGAGUCUCAUGGCAGAGAGAGACCAGCUGGUCGCCGAGAGACAAGCUCAGAGAACUGAGAUUGAGAAGGUGGUACAGGAGAGGGACGGCCUGCAGCAGAGUCUGGCAGAGUUGCAGAGACAGAGGCAAGACGUGAUGGGCCAGUCACGGGAGAUCGGAGCAAAGUACGACACAAUUCAGGAACAGCUGGAGACGGCGCAGACUGAGGUCGAGAGGUUGAAACUGGAACUGAUGUCAGCCACCAGCCGAGCCGACCAAGACAGAAUGUCUCUCCAGGAACACAUAGAGCUGGUGAAGGCGGGGGAGGUGGAGAUGCAGAGGCGACUGGAUGCGGUAGUGAGAGAGAGAGAUUCGACACUGACACGAGCUCAGGAGAUGUCAGACAAACUCUUGGACGUGGAAAAGGAGAGAGACAGUCUACAGGAGGUGGUUGUGAGGAGUAGUGGAGAAAUGAACAGACUUCAGGAGGAGCUGGAAGAGAUCACCAGAAGUCACAGGUUGUUGGAGAGUGAGGUGGAGAGUGAGUCCGGAGCACUGCAGCAGAGACUGGAGGUGGCGGAGGAGACACUGGGGCAGAGGGAGAGGGAGCUGACUGAGGCCAGGGAGAGGAUCUCCAGUCUCUCUGAUGAACUGGUCAUCAGCCAAGGGAAGAGAGACCAGAUGAUGCUGGAGGAGGAGAAGGAGCUGCUGGAGGAGGAGAAGGAGCUGCUGGAGGAGAGAGUCAGGGAAUUGACAGUCCAGCUGGAGCAGACCCACAGCACCAAGUCAGUGGCAGAUGAGCUGGGGGAAAUGGAUGCUCCAUCACAAGAGGAGGUGCUGAGCAUGCGCCAAUCAAUUCAGGACUACGAACAGCAGGUGGAGUUUCUAAACUCGGUGAUCUCAGACUUGCAGCAGAAACUGGAGGCGGCAGAGUCGCUGCAACUCAUGGAGGCUGGAGACAUUCCUAUCAGUGACGAUGAGGGAGUGGCUCAGCUCCCGCCUCCUCGGCUAUUCUGCGACAUCUGUGACCAAUUUGACCUUCACGACACGGACGACUGCCCUCUCCAGACCACCUCAGAAUCUCCCCCUCCAUCCUCGUACGGAGCUGCGCGGGCCCCCGGGGGGUCCGACAGACCUUACUGCUCCAACUGUGAAGUAUUUGGGCAUGCUAUAGAGGAGUGUGAAUACGACGUGACGUACUGAGAGAAUUACGUAGCACCAAUCAGUGAGAGAGUGUGUGGGCGAAGGCAGGCAGCUGCUGAUGACUCUUUGUUAGAGAAUUUAUCAGUUUUCAUUUUACAGCAGUUCUAUUAUUAUAGGAAUCAAUCUUGUGUUUCAUCUUGUUUUUCACUAUGUAUAUAUACGACAUAGGAUCUUUUUCAGUUGCUAGCAAUGUGUGUAUAAUUAUAACUAUUAUAACAGAGAUAAAAUUUAUGAUAAAACAUUAAAGUGAAAACGAUUGAACCCUAUUGUUUAGCAGUAAAAUGAUUACUUGUGAAUGUGCAGAACGAUAGAAGAAAUGAAAGUGAAAAGGAUUGAUCAAAAAAUAUGCUAGUGUAUUAGAACAGCAAUUAAUGAUACUUGUGAAUGUGUGCAUGUAAGAUUAGAUAAUCAAGGGGUGUGGCCAGGGGGGCUGGAGAGAAACGACGGAGACUGUAAACUUGAGCUUCUCUUGAGGUCAGCUAUCUGGGUCUCCAGCUGCCUGGUGGUGUAGUGGGAGGCUCUGACAGUGGCAGAGUGAGACUGCAUCUUUGUCUGUAGUUUACCCAUGUCCCCUCUGAACCACCAGAGAGAAGAAGAGGGGGAGGGAUGAGUUGGUAAUUAAUAAUGGAGACAAACAAACUUGUGAAUUAAAAAGGCA